AUGGCUGUUAAACAAACUGGUGGUGCUAGACAGAUUAUAAUCGACUCCUGCCUUCCAUAUCCUCCCUCUAUUAAACAAACUGUUAAGCAAAAUCUUUAUACUUUUGAUCAAGCAAUUCAGAUAUAUACAGUGUCUUUCACUAUUCAUAUUGUGUUUGAUUUCAUGUUUAUUGCAUUGAUUUGGAAGUUUGGUUUUGCACCCUUUAUGGUGUUGAUCAUUGCCAUACUAAAUGAUGGUACCAUUAUGACAAUAUCCAAGGAUAGAGACAAGUUUGGUGUAAGGUCUCUGAGACAUAGCCCUGCAGAAUUGAUGGCAUCCCUUUACCUACAAGUCAGUAUUAUUAGCCAGGCACUAAUUUUUGUCACUAGGUCUUCCAGCGGGUCCUAUGUUGAAAGACCUGGUCUUCUUCUACUGGGUUCUUUCAUGAUUUUUCAGCUGGUGGCAACUACUCUUGUAGUAUAUGCUAACUGGAGCUUUGUAAGAAUCAAGGGAAUGGAAUGGGAUUGGACUAGUGUAAUCUGA